CCAUUGUACAUAAUACACUCCUAUAAUCCUAUUCCCUACCCUCUUCUCUGACCCUACACUUCCUUUCUUUUUCUUCUUUCAAAAAUCAAACAAGCCACGUCCCUCUCUUACUCAUUUUCUCAUUCACCAUUUUCCACUGUUUCAAUUCACUAUCUUUAAGAGGUUCCUAUAGGCAAGGAUAUUAAUGGAGAGGGUCCCCAUUAUUUUGGAUAUGAACAAAGAGAAAGUGAUUUCAAAUUCUCAGUUGCUUUCUUCAUCCAUAAAAGGAUUUAAGGACAAAAGUAUCACCUACAAUAACAUGCCCUCUUGGCUUCUCACCAGCAUUUCUGAUAUGGAAGAGAGGAUGAAAAUGUUGGCAAUUAGCACGAACGAAGAUGAAGAAGAAGGCGACACAUUCGCAGAAAGAGCGGAAACUUACUACCAAAAGAGACCUCAAUUAUUGUCACUUCUUCAUGACUUGUACAAUGGCUAUGUAACAUUAUCCGAUCGAUAUAUUCAAACACUUGCAAAGCAUAAAUAUCAUAGUAGAAACUCUUCUCAAGUUUCAACAAUGGGGGAAAGUUUGUUUGAUCAAGAAGAAGUUAGUAGUGGUGUGAGUCAAGUUGAUUCUGAUAUUGAAAGUUCAAUAUCUUAUCAACAAAUGUUGCCUUUGCCUUUGAUUCUUUCGAAGCGAAAUGUGUUUGAUGUUGAUGCGAUUGUAGCUGAGCUUGUGAUGAAGAAUGUUGAGUAUGAUUUUUUGGUUCAUGAGGUUGGUGUGAUGGAAAAGAAGUAUUGUGAAUCAUCAAGGAAAAGUGAGUUACAAAAGAGUUUGCUUGAGGUUUUGGAAAGUGAGAGAGUUGUUUUGUUGAAUGAGAAUGCUGGUUUGAGUUAUAGGGUUAAUAGUUUAGUCGAAGAGAACAAGGAGCUUGCGUCUGAGUCGAUUUUUAUUAAGAGAAAAGCUGGCGAGUUAGCGAAGUGUGUGUUGAAGAUGAGGGAGGAUCAUAGAGUUUAUUUGCUUCAUAGGAAGAUUGAAGAUCUUCAAGGACAAAUACAUGGUUUGGAGAAGAGGAAUAAGGAGUAUUAUGAAAGGCUUUUGAGAAGAGAGAGUAAAGAGAAUGGUGGAUGUAUGGGGAAUAAAGGGAAGAUUAAUGGUAGUGAAGGGAUUGCUUUGGAAGUUCAUGUUCAAAUGGAGAAGCCUAGGAUGUUGAAGUGGAAAGAAAGAAAUUCUACUAUGAAGAGUUUUGAAGAUGGGAAGAAAGGUCUUAGUUUGUGGAAAAAAUUGAAGAACAUGGACUUGUUUUGUGGGACUAAUCCAACUUGUGCUUGAAAGCUAGAAGUAGUAGGUUUCUAGGUUACUUAGUACAUGUUUGGAUUCAUUACGAGAUUGAAAGAAUCACACGAUUUUGACAUAAGUUAUAUCUUGUAGUUUCAACAAAAUCACAGUGUUGUUCGGAUUUUGUCAAAAUCAUCCUUUCAUUCAAACAUCGCAAAGUGAAUGUUUGUUUUUCUCAAUGGAUAAAUGUCAAGUAUGCGGGUGAUUCGACACUUUGAUAGGUGGCCAUUGAUUAUACAAACGCGGAAUCAAACAUGCAUUUAGUUAGGUAUGAUGUAUAUUCUAAUAUGAACACUAGCUAAGCCUUGAUGAACUUGUUGAAGAUUAGCUAACAUCUACUAGAGAGUCAAUACUUUUGCAUCUCUAGUAUUGUAGUUGGUGGUUUAAUUAUUUUGCUUUGUUGUUUUUGUUAAAAGAUUUGCUUAACAAAAUUAUGUGAUGAUGAUGCAUCAAUAAACAAUGGUGUAACAAGUGAUUAGCUUUAAAUUUUACUCUUGAAUGUAAUGUUCUUUUGCAUUAUUACUCUUUC